CCUUUCACUUUCAAAAUUAGGACUAGCCUAUAUAUUUGUGUCUCAUUACAAACGGACCAUGCCAAACAUUCGACAUGUUGUGUCUGUUGAACUUGAUCCUAAUUUUAAGCUUCAUAAACAGAGCUUACCUUUCAGAUAUUGUAGCACAAGGAGACACAGAUGUUGUGUUGGGUCAGGAUGCUUCACUCUCUUGUACGCUGCCGUUUGUGUCUGGAGUCAAACAGGUCACCUGGCAGCGGGUGCGCACGCACGAAAAUGUACAAACUCUGGCAACAUUCAGCGAACAAUUCCAGGAUAAUGUGGAUGAGGAGUAUGUGGGAAAAGUCACUUUAACUCUGGCGACAUUUAAUUCAACAUCUAUUAAGAUCAAAAACACAACAUUUGAAGACGAGGCUUGCUACAUUUGUUCCUUCAAAGUGUAUCCAUCAGGACCUAAACGAAAAACCCUGUGCCUCACUGUUAAAGGUAUUUCAGAAAUAACAGCAGAAGUGAAUCCUUCACCCACUUCUGAUUCAGAUGUUGUAGUCUCAUGUUCAGCCACUGGUAAACCAACUCCAACAAUCCAGUGGAAAUCCUCAGAGAAAGACCUGAAGCACUUUAGUUCAAAGAAUUUCACAACGCUCAACAAAGACAGUUCAACCACCAUUACAAGAAACAUCACAAUUCCACUGUCACAGUUUCAUGGGAAGUACGUGGAAUGUUUGGCUCAGAGUGACAGCGUGGAGAAGAGGUUCCAAAUCUACGUGCCUCAAGAUGAUGAAGCGAACAACACUACACCAAGAAGUUACAUCAUUACAUUUUCAGUCAUCAUUGUCAUGACUAUUGUGAUUACUGUCAUUUUUGUCAUCUGUCUUCACACCAGGCUAAAGAGAGCCAGUUUUGUGAUGAAAUCCCUGAAUGACCCAAACGAUCGAUGUUAACUCUGCAGCUACCUCAUAGAAUGCUUUUU